UUGCCCUCAGAUUUGUCAAUUAAGUACGCAAUCACGCGUAUCCUCAUGAGUUGUGGCCAAAUGGGAUCGACUGGGCUGACCAUCUGCACCAAACAGAUCAUGAUACAAUGACCAACAGCUCAGCAUUCGACUUUAGGUUUAACGGAGUCCAAGUUUGGGAAUGCAACGCACAAGGCUUCGGCACACCAGCCGACUACUGCUGCGAAUCCGACUCCGAAAAGACGCGAUGCUGCUCCACCACCGAGGCUCUCUUUUCUAUUGUCGCAGCCACACCAGGCAACGCGCUCGCCAUCCAAACUAUCGACAGGCACGCAAAUACAACCAGUACUGCCCAAGGCAGUAAACCCACCGGCUGGGUCACAUCGACUGCCAGAUCGACUGCCAGAUCGACUACCACAUCGACUGUCAAAUUGACUGCCAUAUCGUCUGCUAUAUCGUCUGCUAUAUCGUCUGCUAUAUCAUCUGCUAUAUCGAUUGCCCCAAGUAUGUCCACGGCCGUGCGAGCUGGAAUGGCGAUAGGGGACACGUCCGCCAUGAUCAUCCCCACCGCCAUGAUCACCCCCAUCGCCACACCCAGCAGUAGCUCUCCCGGCACCGCGAGCCACAGCGCCUAUACCAGCAGUUUGAGUAGUAAUAGCAGUAGCAGCAACAGCUACAGCUACAGCACCAACAUUCUCGCCCCAUCCACGGGAACCGACAACACAUCAAGCGCGCAAACAGAACCCAUCUCGAACGAAGACUCCACACCGGCCAAGACGACAAGCACCCUCUCCACAGGAAAAAUGGUUGCCAUCGGUCUGGGGGCCUCCAUGGGCAGCGCCCUCAUGGUCGGGGCGGUAGUAAUGGUUUUCCUACGAAAACGCCAUCGCAAAAACAAUCAGCAUCAACCACUCGACAAAGACGGCCACGAGCUGCCGCAAGCGGGCAAUGCGCCAUUCUACCCGGGGCCCACAAGCGUUGCAACGGUGAAUACACGUGACGGAGCGGGAGGGUGGUAUAACCCUGGAGUCGUGGGGUUGACGCCAGUACCGACUGGAGGAGGGGUAGUGGCCGGGUUGCACAAUGGAAGUUCGACGAGGCUGGGACCGAGCAUGCCGAUACCAGAAUUGGAUAUGAGCCAGGUUGAUCGGAUGAGGUACGAGAUUGGAAGGGAUUCGAGGAAUGCGUCGCCCGCCACGUCGGAGUUGGAUGGGGGCGGCAUGGCGUCGUUGGCGGUAUCGCCUUUGUCUGGACCGCCGAGGCCGGGGCAGGCGAAGGUGCAGUCGAGGCUUUAUGAGCUUGAAUAGAGAUUGAGGCGGUUUGGAGUUUACAUGUAAAAGCGGUUUUGCAUUUAUUCGUAAUUGAUACCAUUAGAACUUUCAUUCUUGAAUUAUCCAUCUUAUUUGAGAUCCUGGCUGUUCAUCAAUCUACGGUGUGUAUGUUCGUCCACCCUCGAUAUAUUCCAAAUUGGCACCUUUUUGGGAGACGGAUCGACAUGAUGCUUACAUCAUGCCGAAUGCAACCGCGAUGGCAAUACGCCGAG